GGAUCACUCUCCCACCUCUCGGAAGGAGUUGGUCCGGUUCCUGCUGGCAACACCCCCCAAGUCCGAGCUGCGCUCUCAGUGACUCCUGUCUGUGCCAGUGUGCCAACCCGCCAGGGGUGAAGAUGCUGCGCUCCAACGCAGAGGGAGCGUCCCUGAAAGGCUGCAACUCUGAGGACCCAUCAGGCCUUAAAGCUAAUCUGGAAAGUGCCAACCUGAAAGGAGUGGCCAUGGAGGGCAGUCAGAUGACAGGAAUUAACCUCCGAGUUGCAAAGUCAGCUGGUAAUUUGGGGGAUUGCUGGCUUUUGGCUGACCUCUCCAGCUUCAGACUACAAUGGAGUUCAGGUUGUGACCUCCAGGAAGCCAAUUUGAGGGGCUCUGAUGUGAAAGGAGCCAUCUUUGAAGAGAUGCUGACCCCCCUGCACACGUCCCAGAGCGUCAGAUAGGGAAGAGAACACAUCAAAGAGGAAGGAAUCCAAACAUUUGUCGUGACUUUCUUCACCUUCUCCCCUUCCUGAG